CUACUUCAAAACUAAUUCAGAAUAUAAUGUCUCAAAUGAAAUCAGUGGGCUCCGCUGCCCGUUUGGCGGGCUCUCGGCCCUUCCGAGUGUCCAUCGAAGGCAACAUUGGCUCAGGGAAGUCGACUUGUAUCAAGUUCUUUCAGAAAUAUCGCAACGUUGAGGCACAUCCGGAACCUUUGGAUGAAUGGAGGAAUGUUGGUGGCCAUAACCUCCUGGGACUGCUGUAUGGGAAUGUGCACAAGUGGACCUUCCCGUUCCAGCACUAUGUGCACCUGAGCCGCCUCAAGAUUCAGAUUAGCCCACCCUUGCACCCGGGGAUCACUGUCAAGAUGUUUGAGAGAUCAGUGCAGAACAGCCGGCACUGCUUUGUAGAGAAUGCCAAGAAACAGAAUUACUUGGAAGAUGCGGAGUACCAGGUACUGAUGACAUGGUUUGAUUACUCUGAGAAAAAUCUUGACAUCGGCCUGGACCUUAUUGUAUACUUGCGGACGACGCCACAAGUGGUGUACGAUCGCAUGCGGAAGCGAGCGCGCGCCGAGGAGGCCGAGGUACCCCUGCAAUACUUACAAGAGGUACACGAUUCCUACGAGAGUUGGUUGAGCUCUGGGUCCGUGGGCUGCGAGGUGGUCACCAUCGACGCGGACCGCGGCCUCGGCCGAGUCGCGGAGGACUUGGGGCGCUACUCGUACAAGAUCCUCGGCGGGAACCACACCUACUGA